UUAUUCGUUUAUAUUUACAAUUCCGCUUUGGAAUCCCCUGCACGUCAUCGUCUCGCGGUUUAGAGCAGGCUACACACACAAACCCCAAAACAACUGAUAUGUGAGUCAGAACUACAAGUCGCUCAUCAAUAAUACUUGAGACAAGAUGGCGACUGAAGGCGAAUACGAGUCAAUCUUGUGCGUUAAACCUGAUGUCAAUGUGUAUCGCAUUCCGCCUCGGGCUACAAAUCGCGGUUAUAGGGCGGCGGACUGGAAGCUGGACCUCCCUGAUUGGUCGGGCCGCAUGAGGGUCACAGCCAAGGGGAAGGUAGCGUACAUCAAGCUAGAGGACAAAGUCUCAGGGGAGCUGUUUGCACAAGCUCCUGUCCAAGAGUUUCCCGGUAUCGCUGUGGAAAGUGUCAGCGAUUCGAGUCGUUACUUUGUGCUGCGGAUACAAGAUGACAAUGGCCGCAGUGCGUUCAUCGGUGUUGGGUUUGGGGACAGAGGGGACGCCUUUGACUUUAACGUUUCUCUACAGGAUCACUUCAAGUGGGUGAAGCAAGAUAAUGAAAUCAGCAAAAACUCCGGGACAGCAGAUUCAGGACCGAAGCUGGACCUCGGCUUCAAAGAAGGACAGACUAUCACUCUUAAUAUCGGGCAAGGAAAGAAGAGAGAUAAGCCCCGCCCACAGGGAGCAGGUGGAUUUGGACUCCUCCCACCACCUCCGGGGGCCAAGAUAGCCCCUCCUCCCUCGUCAGGCUCCUUCAAUCACAACAUUGUUACCCAGACAGGGGACACAGAGCUGGACAGUAGCAACUCUAACACUGUGAUGCAGUCCGGCUCAGUAUUGGAGGUGUGGGGAGACUUCUCUACUCCUGCCAGUUCUUGUCUUUCGCCACCUGCGCCACAGGAGACUGCUACCAGCUGGAUUCAGUUCUGAGCCCACCUCGCCUCGCCUCACCUAACUUUAAUGCGACAUUCACAUGCGUUUGCCAUCCCUGGAGGAGUCUUCUCCAGCUCUGUUGCACCACAGUCCCAGCUCAAAGGCCUAGAACGCCAAAGUUGACGCUGAAUUUCAUUGCUGGCCUUUUUCUUUUUUAAGUAAUAUUAGAGAUUUAAAUAAUAUAACGGCCCAAAUGCUUAUUAAUGUUUCUUUAUCUUUGAAGGUCACCAGAAAUAUAUGUUUAGGAAGUUGAAUUAUGUCUAAGGGCUAUGCUGAUUGACAUUAUGAAUAUCAGAGAUUCUACUUAACAAUGUUACCAUUGACCAUCAAUGCUGGGUUCUCCUUGUUGACAUGUCCACUAAUGAUUACUGACCUGAGCUACAGGGCAAGCUUCAUUAACACUGAAAAGGGUUCUGCUCUCAAAAAUUAAGUUGAAUGUAGCAGUGUGCCAGGGAAGUUUGCUAAAACAGAAAAAGACUAGGCUAUGGUCAUAUUUGUGAUUGUCUUUUUUUAACUAUGAAUGUCUAUCAAACUGCAACUGAUAAUGUUUACUAUGAAGCAUUGAAUCCUUGAGUGAGUUAAGUAACCCUUUCACAAAACACAUUAUAGAUGGUAUGACUUUACAUUCAUUUGCUUACCACAAACUUGACUUGAGCUGAUGUCAUGUUUUGACUGACCCGAGUCAUGUUUCCAUGGUCCCAUAGUAGAUUAUGUAUAAAGGUUUCACAUUUCUGACAAACUAUCUAAAACAAGUGUAAGAAGGAGGUAAUAAAUACUGUAAGGUGGAGUCAUGUAUUUGUUUUG